AUGUUAACUGCAUUGAGAGUAUGUGUUCCGCGAGUUCCACUGGCUACGUCGAAACCUUUCUUGAUAACUUCUUCAAGAUUUUACAAUACAAGAAGACAAGGUUUCAGAAGAAGAACAAACAAAAAUUUCGUAGAUGAUCGAUACGAUAAGAACGAAGUCAGAUUUCAAAAGGAAACUUUAGCAAAACUGGUCCACGUACAAAAUAACGAAACUGAAGUAACGUUAGAUCAAUUGAAAGAAGAAAAUGUUAUUGAUAAAAUGCUACAUAAAUCUAUUGAUAGGAUGGGGUUUCCAAAUUUAACUCCAGUUCAACAGAAAACUAUUAAGCCAACUAUUAUGAAUAAUGAAAAUGAUAUCAUUGCAAGAGCAAAGACUGGUACUGGUAAGACUUUUGCAUUUUUGAUCCCGAUCUUUCAACACUUGAUCAAUACAAAAUUAGAUUCUCAAUACAUGGUAAAAUCAAUUAUUAUCACACCAACGAGAGAUCUGGCCCUUCAAAUUGAGGACGAAGCUAAGAAGCUUUAUAAAAAUAAUUACGGUUUAAAGAAAUUUCAAUGUGUUUCUUUAAUUGGUGGGACAAAUCUCAAUGAAUCAAUCAGAAGAAUGAAAAAAUUAAGACCAAACAUUAUCAUUGCAACGCCUGGUAGGUUGAUCGAUGUCUUAAAUAGAUAUGGCAAUGAAUUUUUCAGAUUUGUAGAUUUUAAAGUCCUGGAUGAAGCUGAUAGAUUGUUAGAAAUUGGGUUUAAAGAGGAUUUAAGAGAAAUUUCUAAUAUUUUGAAUGAAAUUAGUGAAAGAGAUGAAAAUCAUAUUAGAACAAUGCUAUUUUCUGCCACGUUAGACGAAAAUGUUCAAAAUUUAUCAAAUGACAUCAUGAACAAGGAAAAAUGUCUAUUCAUUGAUACAAUCGACAAGAAUGAACCUGAAGCCCACGAAAAAAUCGAUCAAUCAAUGGUAUUGUCGGACCAUUUCGCCCAUAAUAUAUAUGCUGCAGCCAAUCAUAUUCAAAGCAGACUAUCCCAAGAUUCUGAAAUGAAAGAUAACUACAAGGCAAUUCUUUUCACACCUACAGUUAAAUUCACGAAAUUUAUCACUGGCGUUCUUUAUGACAAAUUACAUUCUAAAUAUAGAGAUUUACCAAUCAUUGAAUUCCACGGACAAAUUGAUCAAAAAAAGAGAACAAGACUGGUGGAACAAUUCAAACGUCUUAAAUCAGGCAUCUUGAUUUGUACCGAUGUGGGCGCUCGUGGUAUGGAUUUCCCUGACGUUAAAGAAGUCCUACAGAUAGGUGUGCCAUCAGAAUUGUCUAAUUAUAUCCAUAGAAUCGGAAGAACUGCUCGCAGUGGUAAAGAUGGUAUUUCCACAUUAUUUAUAUCAAAAUAUGAAUUAUCAUUUUUAGAUAGGUUACAAAAAUUGAAGAAGAUAGAAAUUAAAAACGUUCAUAAAUUCAAACCUGACGAAAACAAUUGUGACAUCGAAAUUGAUGACAGGUCAAUGGAAUCAUUUGAAGAAUCAAUUAUCAGUUUAAUAUCUUUUUAUAGAUCAUGCAUAAGAGAAUACCAUUUCAACUCUAGAGAUCUAUUACCUCAAAUUGCUGGAACAUAUGGAAUUCUGACUAAAGAACCUGAAAAGAAAAUGCCCUUAAGAGAUGGCUUCAUGUUAGAAAGACUGGGAUUAAAGAGAAAUCCAAUUGCCAAUCAAAUGUUUGAUAUAAAAGAAAGAUCUCAUGGUCGUUAUGACGACGACCGCAGCUAUAACAGCAACAACAGGAGUAGAUACAGAUCCAAUCACAACAACAGAGAUAGAAGCAGUUCACGUUCAAAUUUCAGCGAAUCAUUCGACAGAAGAAAAUCUUAUGAAAGAAGACCAUAUUGA